AUGUGGCUGAGAAUCCUGGACAGCAGCAACAUCCAGGUGUACUUAGUAGAGGAAUCAGGGAUGUGCCUGGCUGGGACUCUGUACUUCCAAAAGGGGCUGGAGAUGGGCAUAAUGCCAGCCCCUCCCUUCUCUCCAGAAGUAUUCCGCAACCCUGACAUUCACAACUCAGCCAGCAUUGAAGGCGUGCUGUGCCUAGGACCCUUGCAGCUGGCAUGCAGGGAGGAGUACACCCCGGGCUUUUGCUGUGCACCUGCCGUGUGGAAUAGGGGGCCGCCCCUGCCCCUGCCCUCUGUAGCUGACUCCGGCUUCCCUGGCCACCCUCAGCUCAGCAGGGCCCCGGGAGCCCCAGUGCCAUGUGACACCUUCCCCUCCCUGCCCUUUGCUGUCCUGUUGCUGGUGAAAGCCCCGUACAAGCGAGGAUUUUACUGCGGGGAUGACUCCAUCCGGUACCCCUGUCAUCCAGACACCAUCACCCAUGGGCUCAUGGCCGGGGUCACCAUCACGGCCACCGUCAUCCUUGUCUUGGUGGGAGAUGCCUACCUGGUACACACAGACUGGCUCUAUUCCCGCUCCGACUUCAACAACUACGUGGCUGCCAUGUACAAGGUGCUGGGGACCUUCCUGUUCGGGGCGGCCGUGAGCCAGUCUCUGACGGACCUGGCUAAGUACACAGUCGGCCAUCUGCGCCCCAACUUCCUGGCCGUCAGUGACCCCGAGUGGAGCCGGGUCAACUGCCCAGUCUACGUGCAGCUGGAGAGGGUUUGCAGGGGAAACGCUGCUGAUGUCACCGAGGCCAGGUUGUCUUUCUACUUGGGACACGCCACCUUUGGGAUGUACUGCGUGGUGCUCCUGGCGCUCUACGUGCAGGCGCGGUUCUGCUGGAAGUGGGCUCGGCUGCUGCGGCCCACGGUCCAGUUCUUCCUGGUGGCCUUUGCCCUCUAUGUGGGCUACACCUGCGUGUCUGAUCACAAACACCACUGGAGCGACGUCGUUGCUGGCCUCCUGCAGGGGGCGCUGGUGGCUGGCCUCACUGUCCACUACAUCUCAGACUUCUUCAAAGCCCGACCCCCACAUCACUGCCCGAAGGAGGAGGAGCUGGAACGGAAGCCCAGCCUGUCACUGACAGUGACCCUGGGCGAGGCUGACCACAACCACUAUGGGUACCCGCAUUCCUCCUCCUGAGGCUGGAUGCCGCCCAGGCAGGGAGUGGCUGUGAGUCCAGCUGAGGCCAGCCCCCCAGGUGGUCUGUCUAGCCCUAGGUAGGCACUGAGGGCUCCGGACGGGCUCCAGGAACCCUGAGCAGGCUCUGCUGCCCCCUGCCCUGCACUGGACCAGGGGUCUGGGGAGGCCUAGGUAGCCCUGAGCAUUUGGAGGGGGACCUGUUCCCGUAGCUCCCCAAUAUCCCCAUUCUUUUAUGGGGUUAAGGAAGGGACUGUUUUGUAAAAUGUAAUGCACAUGUGGUUUUUAGUAAAAUGGGGCAUUGGUUUGACGAGUGGUCUCAGUGCCUCUGUUCCUUAUGGCCUUUCUGGGACAGUGUUCCUCCCAUCAGAGGGCUCCACGGAGCUCAGGCGUCAGGCCUACUCACCUGCUGUGAUGGUGGAGGGCAGCAGCCAAGCCCGCCCCUUGCGUUUCUCCCUUCAUGGCGCUGGGGUCAAGGGUCAGAUGGGUCAGCACACCCCUCCCCUCUGCUCAUGUCCACCCCGUGCACCUGGGGGCCACGCUUCUGAAAUGGGUAAUUCAGGGGCUGGUUUCCCUGAAGUGAUGGCAGAACACACAGAGCUUACUUUUUCAACAGGAGUGUAAAGGGUACAUUUGUUUUUUUGUACAGGGGGGAACUUAAGUGUCUGCUGAUGUUUUCUUUGCACCUGGAACCUCUCUUAUUCCCUCACCCUGCCAGGUGUUCCUAUCAGGCCUUAGCCUACAGGAAGGGUGGUGUAGCCCUGGGGGCAAAAGUGCAGCCUGGGAGCCCCACCCAAGAGGCUGCGAUGGAGACCUGCUCUUGGUGGACAGGAAGGAAGGUGACCCAGACCCUGCCGAACUCCAGCUGAAUGUCAGGGACUUGCCUCCAUGCAGGUGUCGGACGGGAUCCUGACUGGGAAAGUCACACUGAAGCCUCCCAGGUAUCCUAGGGUGUCCCAGCAGGCAGUGAUGCCCGAGGACUAAGGAGGCUGUGUCUGGGCUCAGCAUGUGUCUCUGGCAGUGGGUAGGAGAGAGGUUUCCAGCCAGAUCUCACGGGCAGAGUCACCUGCAUCAGGAGCAAAUGGGAACGACCCAGGUGCCCUGACAGCAGCCGACACCUCCGUCUCUUCCCAGGUGCAAUGGCCUUGAAAGCCAGGACCACAGUGAGGGUUGAGCUCUAGUCUGCGGGAGCAGCUGCAGCGCACAGGACUCUGGUGUGGUCUGCUGGGGGCAGGUGGUCGUGUUGGGACGAGCAGUGAAGACUGAGGAGAGGAGGAAGUUUGGAGUGAGGGAGAGGACGUGGCUCAGUCCGGCUGCUGGCCUCGGCUGGGGGAGUCUCAGUGCUUCAGAAAGAGCAUGUCACCCCACAGCUGUGAGAGCAGAGAAAGAAAGGGCUGUACUGACCAGAGCCAUCCCCAAAGGGUCCUCAGGAGCCAGGAGGGCCCAGCUCUGGGAGCUGGUGGCCUGUCUCACUGUUUGGGUGCUGCCCAGCUGGACUACACACGCAUUGCUCUGCAUCUGUUGAGAAAAGCCAGGACGCAGGGUGUCGGGCUCGGAAAUUCUCACAGGUUCCCAGUACCAAGAUGGCAGGCAAGGCAGCAGUUAGGACACAUUUCUCCACCCACACAGAGCUCUGGGGAAGCUCUCAUGCGUAAUUUUGGGUUUACACUGCCCACACCCUUAUGGUUUCAUGGAAAAAAAUAGUAUUUUCUCUCGUUGUACAAGGAGGAUAUUUUUUUUCUGUUGUUUCUCACAGGAAACUCAGAUUCUUAGCCAUGUAAAUAUCAUUUCCCAUGGCUGUGUCCUCGUGGCCCGGCAUUUCUCCCACCUUCUGAGAUUGACUAUUUUUUG